GGAAAAGUCACCCGGGAAGAGCUAUUCAUCACCACCAAGCUGUGGGCAACUCAUCUGCACCCGGAUGACACGGAAGGAGCUCUUCGCGACUCUCUUCGCCUUCUUCAGCUCGACUAUGUUGAUCUUUACCUUGCUCACAUGCCGGCUUGUUUCAAUCAUGACAUGUCGGCGCAGAACCAUGAGGUAACCGUGGCAAAUAGAUGUGUGGCGAGGCUUGGAAGCGGUGAGCAGAUCGAACGUGUAAUGAAAACUGCCUCCGUGCCUAUUCAUAACUGUCAGGUGGAACUUUACCUCUACUGGCCUCAGCAUGAAUUACAAGAGGUUUGCAAGAAGCACAACAUUUCCCUCACUUCCUAUGCAUCAUUGGGAUCACCUGGACGUGUAAACUUCUCGCUUCCCGGAGGAGUAAAACUUGACUGGGCGCCUGCACCGAAUGCUCUAGAGGAUGAACAUGUGAAAGAGUUGGCUAAGAAAUAUUCUAAAACUCCAGCUCAGAUUCUGCUUCGCUACGUGAUGGAUCGUGGUAUCGCCGUCAUACCAAAGUCUGUAAAUCCAUCCAGAAUAGUUGAAAAUUUCCAGUUAUUCGACUUUGCGUUGACCAAGGAUGACAUUAAACUGCUGGAAUCCACUAAACACCGUCAGAGACUUUUCUUGCAAGAU